AACCUUUCAAAAAUUAAAUAAAGUUAUAUAUAAACUUAAUACUAUUGAAAACAAAAUUGAUAUACUCGACAACAAAAUGCAACCACUCAAUUCUUUCGAUGAAGAAAUUGAUGUCCAAUUGCCUAUAACUACGCUUCAAGAGUUAACAGACUUUGAAAAAAAAUUGCAGGAAAUAGAAUUCAAAAACGCAGUACUUAAUAUAUUUCAACACGUAGGUGGACAUAAUGCGCAUAUUAUGAUACGUAACAUAUUACGUAAAACUGUAACAGAUACCUUGGCACAAAAUUUUAGCUGGGCAGGAAAGAAAACAAAAGAAAGCUUCCAAAAUUUACGUAUUGCACAAAUAAUUAUACAAGCUGUUCAUAAAACCUUUGCAAAUAUAUCGCUUAUUGGUUAUCCGGUUGGGAGCGGACAUAACGAUUUAACCGAUCUUUUGAUUUCGCCGGCCGCUGUUCGAAUGGUAGCCACGCGUACGACUCCAUCGUUGCCUGGAUGUAGCAUCGUAAUUCGGCCUAAUGCCCAUUGGGUGCACGGCAGAGCCUUGUCUUUGAUGAGAACUGCAUCUCCUUGGUUGAG